AUGUCUGACGACGCUCUGGAGACAUCCUCCUCGCCAGAUUUGGCAAUUGUCGACUUUGUGACCAAAUCAGUGCUUUCAAACUACACCAUUGAUGAUGAAAUCCUCCGCCACUGGCUGGCUGAGCUAGGCGACGUGGUUGGAGAUACUAAGCUUUUGGCUUCGGCGAUCCAGAGCAGUGCUUUGGUGCUGUUGCCCUUUGAAAACGAAUACUUCAGUACUUCCCACGAGGCCGCAUGGUCCAAAUGCUUGUCUAUGCUUAAUGACCUUGAUAACGAGGUGUAUAGCGACUUCAAGCUGAUAAUAUAUGAGCUACUUCUCCAGGCUUCUCGCUCCAACACGGCCAGGCUACAAAUGCUAGAGAUUGGCUUGGUUGACGUUUUCGCUGACGAUUAUUUGAGCAACCUUGAUGACCUCCACCUUCCGCAGAAGGCUGCGCUUCUUUCUGCCAUGAUAGAGUUGAGUUGUCAUGUGAAAACGCUCAAAAAGCUUCUUUCUCCGCUACUUGAAGGCUCUGCAAAGGUCAAUGCCUCUUCGAAAUCCAUUUUGCUCGACUUUCUCACCUCAAUUGUCCAUGAGUUUCCAUCUCAUUUUACUGCCUUGACGCUAAACAGCUUCCGGAACAAGAACCUACCGCUUCCUUUAGGUAAAGAGUUCAAUUCCAAAACCUUUACGUUGCAAACAUGGAUUAAAAUUGACGUACCGGUUGAAAACCUCGAGGAUGAUAGCUUCAGCGUGAUCCCACUUUUCCUGCUUGCCAAUGCCUCCAGUUCUGCCUCCACCUCGAUCCGUGUUCAGCUUCUUAACUAUACUCAGUACAUGGUGGAGGUUAUAAACAAAUCAACUGGAUCUAGAAUGCAAUACUCGUUUAACCAGCAUGUCGAUCUUCUGGAUACCACGAACCAGGGCUUUACGCUUGUUACAUUGACAUACGAUCAUUUGCGUAACAUUAACCUCUUCAUUAAUGGCCAAAAGAGCGAGUCGAUUCCAUGCACUUUAAUCUCCAAAGAAAUCGGCUCCUGGAAUAAGCUCUAUAUUGGUAAUCCAGAAUCAGAUGACUUCCUGAAGAGCAGCAGAGACGAACUUCGCUUUAAAGACUUGAUAAUCCUAGACACAGAAAUGAGCGAACAGUGGAUUUUGACUUCCUACGCUUUAGGUGUUGGCUUCAACUGGUCUCUGAAGGACCUCACUGAGGAAACCAUACCUGACUUGUUCAAUCAUUUAAAUCCAUCAGGGCUCACUGAUCUAGGAGCCCAACUCAGUCGCUUAUUAGAAGAUGGGUCCUCCCGCAGGCGGAACGCAAACAGAUCCUCCCUGGUGGACGGAAAGCUUGAAGUAUUUGAAAAACCGGAAAUCGUACAUUGUUUGGUCAAACUGAAAUUUAGCAGGUCUAGCAUUCUCUUUGACAGCAAUGAAUCGGGCUUCAUUGACCAUAUACGCAAAGCGAAAAGUAAAGACUGUGUUGCUCAUGUUCCUGACUCGCUCAACGGCGGGAUAUACUGUCUAGGAGGUGCUAGUUUCCUUUUGACGCUUGUCGAUUCGGUCUCAAACGAUCCGCAGCUUGACAGAGCCGACAGGGACAAGCUUACUUUCAAGUCAUUGCAAUUUCUUCUCGUUUGCUUGAAGAAUAGCUGGAGGAUCUACAAAGAGUUUGAAAAGAAUGAUGGCUUCUGUAUAUUGAUUCUUUUGCUCAAGCAGUACAAGGAACGUUACAAUAGGCGCCUUGAAUUUGAUGGAAGUAUUCUAGAUAUCUUUCAAAGCUUUGCAGGAUACGACAUGCACAACAAGACGGGUUACAUCAAGAAUGCCUUAGCAUUUAAGCUACUCGUUCUAGACUUCCAUCUCUAUGAUGGCACCGUGGACCAGGAAAAUCUCAAGGACUCGAUCGUGGAUAUGGUGAACUCAGACGAAAACAGGCUCCACAACUUGAAGAUGCUUUCCAGACUAAAGCUUUUGAAGCGUCUUGUGCAUUUCAUGGAAUUCAAGCUUUUGAGCAGGAGGGCUACUGAUAAAGAAAUCGAGGAUUUCAGUGCUGUUCUCAGCUCCAUCUUACGCACUGAUGUAUCUCUCGAUACGAUAAGGUCCUUCUCCCACUUCAUCAUCUUUGCCAUUUACCGAAGCGAAGAGAGCGGCUUGAUAUCACAGAAGAUCGGUUAUGCCGCAUUGGAUUCAUUGACCAGCCAGCUCUGUGACUCGAGUUCAUCUAUUAAGCAGCUCAAAAAGUUUUCUCGUGCAUUGACAAUUCAUUGGUUACUUCUUUUGUUGAAUUUUCGUUCCAUUGAGGACGACUCCGAAGCUAAGCAAUUUGAUAAGAAGAUAGUCUGUCGUGGUUUGACUCUCCUUAUCCGUCUUUUAAAGAUUUUAGGACCCCGCAUUCUGAAACGGUUCUUUCAAAUAAGUCGUGGCCUUGAUGUCUUGACCCAUUCACUUAAAGUAUGGUGGGGAGAUGAUGAGGUGAUCAGUCUACUCUUUUUGGCUGGCUUUGGAUUGGAUACCAGAGUUGAAGACCUCUCCAUGUCAACACUUCCUCAAAUAUUGGAGACUGAGAAGGUUAAGAGCAUCAAAACCUUGGUUGCCCCUGAGUUUAUUCUCCUUUUGAACAACAUGGUUCUUAGCUCGAUGUACGAUUUGAGCGUUCGUCAAGGAAGAGUGCUUAGCGUCCCAAAUUCGCCCCAAAGAUCACUGCACAAGAAACUGCAAGAGGAAGAGAACUUUGCUAUCACUUUCAAUGCGAUUCAUCUUAUCAACCAAUAUAUUGAUACCAUUAAGGCUGGGUUGAAUGAUUCGCCAGCACUUGCUUCGUUCUUCACAAGCAAGGAAUGGCUCGAAGGUAUCUAUGAGUUACAGGGCCACCUCAAGCUUUCGGUAGAGUGGACCGACUCGACCUUCACCAAAAGUUUCAAGAAAGCUUCUGAAAAACUUACUGUUGCUUUAAGCGAUUUAUUUGUCUCCUAUUUGCAUGACUCCAAGCAGUUGUUCCGUAUCAUGGAGCCGCUUAAUGAAAGCACAAUGAACAUGAUUCUCGAUUCCACGUUCCCUCGAGUAUUCCGUCAUUUCAACCAGUUCUUUACUGACUCGAACUUUAUGACUAAAGAAGGUGGACUUCUAGAUGGAACGUCAGAGCUCCUUCUUUUUUACUUUGAGCACUUCAUUGACCUUAAUUAUUAUGUUCAUGACGAGGACAUGGAUGCGUUCCUCAAUGCCGCUUUGAAUGUUAUUGAAGCCAACAGUCAGCAUAAGCGUCGCCAACAUAGCCAGCAAAGACUUAAAUCUGUCACUGGACGUUCUUUGGUGCUUAAGCUUUCGAAGUUACCAUACAUUUCCUCCGAUGCGUCGAGUCAGGAAGUUGGAGAAGAGCUCAAACAGCUGCUUGACGAAACAGUGAAGUUUUUGCUCUAUAAGCAGAUUGUUUUGCUUGAUCCUGAAGUCUUGAAUGAAUCGCUUUUGGCUCAAGUGAUUGAAAUAUUGAUGGUUCAAUUCACCAAACUCAAGACUGAAAGCCAAUCAGAGAUUGCCGAGCAUUUUAUUAACUUCCUUCGAGCAGCAUAUAUGAUGCGCGAGAGUACUUUUGAUGGUGUUAUCCAGCAACUUACUAACGCUUCUGACUAUACCAACUCAGGCGACCUUAUCCGUGACUUUCUUCAAAUCUUGGUCAGCCGGAAUGACCAAGACAUUAUCAAGCACCUACAGAGAUACCCUGCCAUCAAGCAUAUCUUUUCAAAGAAUCUUCAUUACAGAUUAAGCAAGUUAAAGGAUGUUGGAAAAGUCAAUGUACUUGAGAUGACUAGGGUUAUGCUCAAUAAUGGAGGUCGACUCGGUUACAUGGACACCAUUUACAUCAAGAGUUUCGAGAAGGAUUGCGAGAAGCUAAGAGUCAAGAUCAUCAACGAGGAACUUACUAACCACAACCGUGAGUUACAAGACAUUGACGACAACAAUAACUUCUUUUCGACGUCUUUCGCUGCCCUCAAGAAUGAGAUCACGAGGUUAUACCAAGAAGGGAAUUUGACCAACCCUAGUUAUAUGUUGGACUAUAUCGAAGGCACUGACAGAAUGAGAAAGCUUUUGGUGAUAGAGGACCAAUUGGCCGAGUGUGAUAAACUUACCUAUUCGAUCGACGUCCCAGUUAAGAAGAUCAAAACGGUCGAGAUGAAUACGAGUGAUUUCCAAAGCUACGAGUAUGCGAUUUCUCAAGCUAAUGUUGGCGAACUUACCCUUGUUGAUGCUCCUGAAGAUGACUUUGAAGAAAUUGAUGUGCCCUCAGAAGUGAAUGGCUCCGAGGCUUCUCUCUUUGAAGACCGUAACCGCCGUGUCUUGCGCAGUUUGUUCAUGGGAGACCAUAUCCAGCAUGUUUGGAACAUUUCCAGAAUCAACGGACUUGAAAUUGUCGAAAGUUUAAUGAUAUUGGGAGUGACCCAUCUUUACCUCAUUGAGAAUUACUUCCAUUGCUCGGAUGGAAAUGUGAUUGACGCAUCUGAUGCACCCUUGGAGCUUCGUGAUCCUUACCUCCAGCUUAUCAAUAGCCAGCCUAACGGAAGCAGUGGUGAUGCUCCUAAAACUCAUCGUACCAAGAGCUGGUCGCUUGAAAACUUGAGUUCCAUCACAAAGAGGAAGUUUUUAUUAAGAGAUAUUGCACUCGAGAUGUUCUUCAGCGAUGGUGCAAGCAUCUUGGUGACUUGCAUUUCCAGCAAGCAGCGGAACACCGUUCAUGGCAAGCUAAUGCCCUACGCUUCAGGAAAAAGUCUUGAUAAAGACCUUGCCACGACAUUGGAACAUUCUUCACAUGUAUCUCAUAGCAGUUCCCAGACAAACAACAACUCGUUGACUUCAAGACUUACUUCUGCUUUUACAAAUAACUUUACCGGUGGUCAGUCGGGAAUUGCAAAUGCUACCAGGAAAUGGCAGCAGGGAGAGAUGUCCAACUUCUACUAUUUGAUGUUGCUUAACACUAUGGCUGGCCGUACUUUCAACGACUUGACUCAGUACCCCGUUUUCCCUUGGGUAAUUGCAGAUUACGAAAGUGAGGAGCUCGACCUUUCCGACCCGAAAGUAUUCCGUGAUCUUUCCAAGCCGAUGGGCGCUCAGAAUCAGUCUCGAGCACUGGAGUUUGCCGAAAGAUAUGAAGCUUUGAAGAGUUUGGAUGACAAUUCGUCACCUCCUUUCCAUUACGGUACUCAUUACUCCUCAGCAAUGAUUGUUUCCUCCUAUAUGAUUCGUCUCAAACCAUAUGUCCAGUCAUAUCUUCUCUUGCAAGGUGGAAAGUUUGACCAUGCCGAUCGUUUGUUCUACUCUGUCGAGAGAGCCUGGUCUUCUGCUUCCAAAGACAACACAACUGAUGUGAGAGAGCUUACUCCUGAGUUCUUCUACCUCCCAGAAUUCCUUGAGAAUCAAAAUAACUUUGAGUUUGGCUCUUUACAAACAGGCAAGGUUGUCGAUAAUGUCGAGCUUCCGAAAUGGAGUAAAGGCGACCCUAAGAUCUUUGUUGCUCGCAAUAGAGAAGCUUUAGAGAGCCCAUAUGUUUCUGCAAAUUUACACAAGUGGAUUGAUUUGAUAUUUGGUUAUAAGCAGACUGGUGAUGAAGCUGUAAAGGCGUUGAACGUCUUCCAUCACCUGUCUUAUGAUGGUGGUGUUAAUUUGGAUGAUGUCGUUGACGAAGUUCAGAAAAGAGCCGUUAUUGGGAUGAUUAACAAUUUUGGUCAAACCCCCAUGCGUAUCUUUAACAAGCCGCACGCUGCUAGGGAAGUAUUGAAUGGCCCUGAUUUGUAUCUUCAAGCUCUUGACGUUCAGAAGUAUCCUCCAACCAUGACAUUUGAGUCUAAGCUAAACAUGCCUAUUGAAAAGUUGGAAAUCAGUGCAAAGACGAAGAAAUGGAUUGGCCGUCCUUCGUGUGUUACUUCAGAAGAUGAUCUAUUGAUCAGGAAACCGCUGCUGCAAAGACUGGUGGUUGGCAGUGGCUCGCUCAUCAUCAACACCUCGUACUUUAUGAAUCUUCACCUGAGCAACAUCACUUCUAUCGCCCAAUUGGGAGACAAGACAUUUGUUACAGGAGCUCAGGAUGGAGUGAUUCAGGUAUGGAAGUAUUUCGUGAAACCACAACCGACCGUGCGCUUUCAACACAUUCUUCGUGGCCACGAAAGUGAAAUCAGAUCACUCAAGUACAGCAAGACGUUCAAGAUCGGUGUCAGUCUUGAUGACACUGACAACGUCAUUGUAUGGGACUUUACACGGUUUAUGUUCGUUAGAAAGCUACGGGAAGGUAGUUCAAAGAAAAGCGGCGGACCGCUUCACAUUGCCAUUUCCAAUGAUACGGGCAAUAUCACCAUCCUAAGCAGCACUCGCUACGCCAACACCUUGAACGUGUACACAAUCAACGGAGAGAAGGUUAUGGAGAAGCAAUUGGCGCCAGGAAAGAUCAGCGCCGUGACAUUUGCCGGCCUCAAUGGCACAAUGGUGGGUUCUUCUACCGACGUUCGCCACGCCUACUGGAACCAUGAAAUCUUGGCCGUGACCUACGACACACCCAGAAAGCUGCUUCAGUUUUACGAGCUCGAGUGUAACAGCAAUGGAUGGCAGCUUCUGAUGCUACAGAGCGUGGCAUUGGAUACCCACGUCAGCGGGACAGUCACAGCCUUAGAAGUGUUCAAGCGGGCUGAAGCUGACAAACAAGAUAAGCUUUGCCGCGGUCUGUUAGCCGCUGUUCUUGGAGACUCCCAAGGAAAAGUCUACGUCAUUGCAGAGAACUAA